AUGAAAUUGCAUGCAGAUCAACUUGCUAAUGUGGGAGCUCCAGUAUCUAACAAACGCCUUGUAUUACAAAUCAUUGUAGGUCUCUCCGAGCAAUAUGAUGGGAUUGCUAUGCUGAUUCAACAAUCUGAUCCUCUUCCAGAUUUCUAUGAUGUCCGAUCCAAGCUUAUUAUGGAGGAAACCCGAAAGUCCAACCAAGCAUCACACACGUCUUUGAUAUCCACUACUAACCUGGGAACCACACCUUCUCCUCAACCUCGGUAUGAUAGUGACAGGGGUCGUGGAAACUUCCACAACCGGGGACAUGGACGUGGUAAAGGACGAGGCAACAAUGGGCGAGGUCGUGGCUCGCAAAAUCAAUACCAACAUCAGGGGUUGUUUUCUCAAACUCGUGGACUUUCUUCUCCUUGGAAUAGCUGCCAACAACAACAAUAUCUCCAAGGCAAUUCUUGGUCGGUCCCAUCCUCACAGCCACCAUAUGGAAAAUGCCCUCAAUAG